AUGAUAGCAGCCCUCUCGGAACACGAAAGCUUCACGUUACCAGACAAUCGCACCCUCUCCUACGCCCUCUAUGGCUCCCCCGUACCCCGCACAACACUCAUCUACUCCCACAGCACCCCCUCGUCCCGUCUCGAAGGCAGACUCUGGCAUGCGGCAUGCGUAAGGCAUCAUAUCCGCCUCAUUGCUCCCGACCGGCCUGGCUGCGGCCUGUCCACCUUCCAGCGCAAUCGCUGCAUACUGGACUGGCCAACCGACGUGCUCGCACUCCUCGAUCAUUUGAAGAUUCACGACUUCUACCUACUGGGCGUCGGAGCCGGCGCAGCGUACGCACUUGCCGGAGCACAGAGUGUUGGGGAGAGACUGAAGGGUGUAGGUGCUGUUGGGGCGUGUUGGAACGGGAGUGAUGGGAUGGGAGGAGGCAUGGUGCUUCAAUCACGCAUCUGUUGCUGGAAGGACUCAUGGGAAAGCCGAGUCGAGACCCCGAUCCCACCGUCUUUGAAAACAUGCUAG